AUGGCCUUCACGAAGCCGUGCGAUGGAUCAACGCCAAAGCAGAUUGACACGCCCGAAAGCGUGGUCAUGGAGUACUACUUGGAUGACACGGGCUUUGUCGAGUUCACCCUCAAAAACACGGAAAGCCAGGUCUUCAAGGCUGCUACAGCGUCGGCCUUUCAAAGCCACACAACGAAGCAAGCGGUCUUGGUCACCGCAGAGCUGCAACCAGUCAGCGCAGCUCGAAGCAAGCCGAUUUGCGUGAAGAUCGCCAUGCAGAACAAGCGUGAAGUCCUUGUGUGGCAACUUGUGCCAUGCAACAAAGAGUUAUGGCGGCUGGAGAUCUUGAUUGGCGAGCUUGUAGAAAUGUGCGGGCUUUCGCACAAUCAGUUCCAUGUCUAUCGUAAUGUGCCCUUGGCCGCUGUGUCGGUGGAGUACCUCGAGAGCCCUCAGGUCGACGAGGAGGGAAAGGAGAAGGUGGAGGCCGCCGCGCGCGACCUGAACGUGAAGCUCAGUGAGCUGCUGUCGAUCUCCCCCCGGUACAAGGAGCAGUAUGAGGCCGUCAUGAAGUUCUUCGACAGGCACGACCCCUUGAAGCUGGCUGACUUGGUGGCCGGCAUCUGCACCGCCACACGCGGGGAGCUGCAGGAGGUCAUUGAAGAGGAGAGCCUACUCCUUCGCCUGCGGAAGGUGCUGAAACUGGUGGAGAAGGACCUGGAGCUCGGCAAAGUCCAAGCCAAGCUGAAAAGCGAGGUCGACGGUGCCAUGUCCUCUGUUCAGAAGAGGGAGAUGCUUAUGGCCCAGAUGAAGUCGAUCAUGAAGGAGCUCGGAAUUGAGCGAGAUGAGAAGGAGGCACUGGUAGUGCAGUUUACCGAUGCACUGAAAGAGAAGACCGUGCCAGAAGAGGUGAAGAAGGUCAUCGACGACGAGCUGGCGAAGCUCUCACAGUUGGAGCCAUCUUCCUCAGAGUUCAACGUCUGCCGGGCCUACCUGGAGUGGCUCACCUGCCUCCCAUGGGGAAAGACCACGCAGGAGAAUCGAGACAUUGGCCGGGCGGAGACCAUCCUGGAAGAGGACCACUACGGCCUGGAGGAUGUCAAGGAGCGGAUCCUGGAGCACAUCGCGGUGAAUUUUCUCCAGGCCAGGGGCCACAUCUGUAGGAGUUGGUAUUGGAAGUUGAAGGGUCAAUGA